AUGGUUGUGUCAGCAUUAUAUAUUUUAGACAACAAAGGGAAAGUGCUCAUUCAUAGGAAUUAUCGUGGUGAUGUCGAAACCAGUGCCAUUGAAAAGUUUAUGCCUGUUGCAAUGGAGCGUGAAGAGGAAGGCAGUCUUAUUCCAGUUUUACAAUUAGGGGAAAUAACAUUCACUUAUGUUAAAUACAAUUACUUGUAUUUGGUAUGCUUAACACGCAAAAACGCCAAUGUAGCAAUGGUUCUUGCUUUUCUGUAUAAACUCGUCAGUGUAAGUUUCUUGGUUUUCUCAUCAACGCAGAUAUUUCUUGAAUAUUUUGGGGAAUUCGAAGAAGAGAGUAUUCGUGAUAACUUUGUUAUCACAUACGAACUGUUAGAUGAAAUUAUGGACUUUGGUUAUCCACAGACAACUGACACAAAAAUCCUUCAGGAAUAUAUUACACAAGAGAGCCACAAACUAGAGGUGGCUCCACGUCCUCCAGUUGCUGUUACAAAUGCUGUAUCCUGGCGCUCGGAAAAUGUAAAGUAUCGGAAAAAUGAAGUUUUCUUAGAUGUUGUUGAGUCUGUGAAUCUAUUAGUGAGCUCCACCGGAAACGUUUUGCGCAGCGAGAUUGUGGGGAGCAUAAAACUUCGUGUUUAUCUCUCUGGAAUGCCCGAGCUCCGCUUGGGAGUGAAUGACAAAGUCAGAUUUGAAAACAUCGGACGCGAUAAAGGCAAAGCUGUAGAACUGGAAGAUGUGAAAUUCCAUCAAUGUGUUAGGCUGUCAAGAUUUGAAAAUGAUCGAACAAUCUCUUUUAUCCCUCCAGAUGGUGAAUUUGAACUUAUGUCUUACAGGCUCAACACCCAUGUUAAACCUCUGAUCUGGGUAGAAGCAAUAAUUGAGAAACAUGCACAUAGCCGUAUGGAGUAUAUGGUGAAGGCUAAAGCACAAUUCAAACGUCGAAGUACAGCGAAUCAAGUUGAAAUUCAUGUUCCAGUUCCAUCGGAUGUUGACUCACCAAGAUUUAAAACAACAAUGGGUAAUGCGAAGUAUGUUCCAGAGACAAAUGUUGUUAUUUGGACAAUACGCAGCUUUCCCGGUGGUAAAGAAUACAUAUUAAGGGCCAGUUUCGGUUUGCCUUCUGUGGAAGGGGGUCAAGAUGUGGAGUCUAGACCGCCAAUAACUGUGAAAUUCGAAAUACCAUAUUUCACUGUAUCUGGUUUACAGGUUCAUCACUUAAAAAUUAUUGAAAAAUCUGGUUAUCACGCACUCCCAUGGGUACGUUAUAUUACACAAAACGGUGAUUAUCAAUUACGUACUUUAUAA